CGUUGCCGGCUCCGAGGGCUGCCCGGCCCGGCCCGGCCCGGUUCGGCCCGGCCAUGACCAUGAGCUCCGUCACCGAGAGUUUAUUGGGCUCCGACCCAUCCAAAACUUCUUUCCUGGAGCUCGGCCACCCCUCUCCUCCGCACUACCCGCUGCACGGCCCCCGCCCCGCCGGUCACCCCCAGCACGACCCGUCGCCCUUCUCCUACAGCCGGCCCGGUUCUUAUCCUUACUCCGGCGGUCCCCCCCCGCCGCCCCACGGCAGCCCCUACCUGUCCUACCCGCCCCAGCAUCCCCAGGCCGGGCUGGCCCACGGCGCCGGGCUGCAGGACGCAGAGCCCAACAAGGUUUUACCGGUGUCCAACGGGGAGCUGCGCCUCAACGGCAAAGGGAAGAAGCUGCGUAAACCACGCACCAUCUACUCCAGCCUGCAGCUUCAGGCUCUCAACCAGCGCUUCCAGCAGACCCAGUACCUGGCCCUGCCCGAGCGAGCCGAGCUGGCGGCCUCCCUCGGCCUCACCCAGACGCAGGUCAAGAUCUGGUUCCAGAACAAACGUUCCAAGUACAAGAAGAUCAUGAAGCAGGGCUCGAGUGCACCCGAUGGGGAGCAGCACCUACACACCUCCUCCUCCUCGCUGUCCCCCUGCUCCCCCAGCAUCCCCCCACUAUGGGACAUCCCUGUACCUGGCAAAGGGCCCCCGCUGCCCCCCAACAACUACAUCAGCAGCUUUGGAGCCUGGUACCAGCCUCACCAGCAGGACUCCAUGUCUCGUGGGCCCAUGAUGUGACACCACUACGGCUGCAGCUCCAGGAGGGUCAGCAAGGGGGGGGGACGUGCCGCUGAGCCCUGAGGGGUGAUGCCAUGGGGGACCCCAAGGAUGAAGAAGAGGAGGAGGAAGGUGACUGCUGUCUGCAGGGACCCCCGUUGAGGGUUGAAGUGAGAUGCCCCCAGCACAGAGCCCUGGUACGGGCAGGACAGGACCAGCUGCAGCCCCCGGUCCAUGGGCACAGAGGGGUUGGAGGGGUCCGCAGACCCACAGCCCCCCGGACUUGGCUUUAUUUAUAAGCACUGUCUAUGAAGCUGUGUGCCCCCUGUUAUAAACAGGCUGUACAAUUGUAAA